AUGAAUGCAUUUUUUGAUGGCUAUGUAAACUCAAAGACUACUUUAAAGCAAUUUGUUGAACAGUACGACAAUGCAUUGAGAAGUAAGGUGGAGAAGGAGACCAAAGCAGACUUCAAAUCUCGAAACAAAUUGUAUGAUUGCUUAACAGUGUAUGAGUUUGAGAAACAAUUUCGUGCAGCCUACACAAAUGCGAAAUUUAAAAAAGUUCAAGUAGAAUUGAAGCGACUACUGUAUUGUCAUGCGACUCUUGUGAAGGAGGAGGGAUCCAUUUGUACUUAUCAUGCCAAGGAAGCUGUGCUUGUGGGUGAGAAAAUGAAGAAAGUUGAAUUUCUUGUUUACUUUAAUUCAACUGAAUUUGAAAUGCAACGUGUGUGUCGGUGGUUUGAGUUUAGGGGGAUCAUGUGUGCCCAUUCCCUUAAUGUGCUCAUUGAGAGGUGCAUAUAUGAGGUUCCAAAUAAGUACAUUAUGCCGAGAUGGAGAAAAGAUUUAGAAAGAGGAUACAUAUGCAUUCCAACGACAUACACGAAAUCCGGGUCUGUCCUCAAUGCAAAGGUACAUGAUAACUAUCACAAGACAUUGGAUGAAAUUAUAGAAAUUGCUUCCAACGAUGAUGGUUCUGUGAAUGAUGAAUUUGUCAAGUUCUAUUUCCAGCAGAGCACCUCUUCUUAUUACGACCAGAGCAGUCCAGAAUGGAGGCAGCAGAAUGAAGCAGUUGACACUGCCGAAUCCACACCCGUUGCUGAAGAUCUGUUAUGCGAGUCUACACCCGUAGCUGAUGAGAGGAUUCAGAAGAGAUUAAGGGUUCCAGGAGAUAGUGAGUAG